GAACUCGCGUCCCCUCUCUGAAAUCUCUCUCUCUCUCUCUCUUCUCUGCUCGAACCAUCGCAGCGCAAGAACGCGGCCACCACCAUCAUCCUCGCCGUCGCCGAUUCCUGUCAUAUCCGGAAAUGGGCGGGUGCUUCUCGCAGGACCUGGAGGGCGACUCGGCGCGGUCGGCGCGGGCGGCCCGGGUGAUCUCCAUCAGCGGCGAAUUGCAUGAGUACCGCCUCCCCAUCAGAGUCUCCCAGGUCCUCGAAUCCGAGAGCUCUUCGUCUUCGUCUUCUUCUUCGGGCUUCGUGUGCAGCUCCGACUCGCUGUAUUACGAGGAGCACAUCCCGGUGCUGGCCAACGAGGAGGAGCUCGUGCAGAACCAGAUCUACUUCGUGCUCCCCAAGUCGAAGCUCCGGCACCGCCUGACGGCCUCCGACAUGGCCGCCCUCGCCGUGAAGGCGACCGUCGCGAUGCAGAAGGAGGCGUCGAAGAAAGGCGGGCGCCCGCACCGCAGGAAGACGCAGAUCGCGCCCUUCCUGGUCGUUAGCCAGAGAGCUGCCGCCUCGGACUACAGCGAGAUCAACGAGCUCGAGGUCAAGAGGAACUUCAACAGGAUCGACAAGGCAGGUCCGGCGCUGCUGUCCAGGUCGGGAUCGGUCGGGAAAAUGAAGAGGCAAUCUUCGCGGAGGUUCAAGAAGGCGGUUCGCUCGUUUAGAAUUAGGCUGAGCACGAUCGAAGAAGGCGCUGGGGUAUAGACUUAUAACGAUCCUGGCAUGAUCCGUCCGUUCUUUCUUUCGUUCAUUACGAAGUGAUGAUGAUGAUGAUGAUUCAUUUCGGAUUUGUAGGUCGGCUCCUCUUUUCUCCUUGUAUGUAAUCACCAACGUUGUCGUCUCCUGUAAAAAAUGUAAAGCAGAGAGAUUGUUCACAUUGAACCCAUUUAAUUACAAUGUGAAGCAAGUUUUUGAAUCA